GGCGACGACGACGAACGAACGACCGAACGAACGAAGGAACGAACGACGACGAGACUCCCCCAACGACCGGAGCUGUCCUCUCCCCACGGACUCCCGGUUCCCCACGCCGGUCAUGCCGGGACCACGGCGGGACCGGCCGGCCGUUUUGCUGUUGCUCGGAGCGUUGCUGGUCGCCGAUCUCUACUUCCACCUCUGGCCGCGGGCUCGGCGGGAGCUGGCGGCGGGUAACCCGGCUUGUCCCUGCCGCCGCCCCGCCGCCGCCUCCCCGCCGCCGCCGCCGCCGCCCCGCUCCCGCACCGCCUCCGCCCUGCGGCGCCUUUUCGCCCACCCCUUGUACCGAGCCGCCGCCGUCCCGCCGGGCCCCGCCGAGCCGCUGCUGGGCGCCCGCGAAGCCCUGCGCUACUACCGGCGGAAGGCGGCUCGCUGGAACAGGAGACACAAGCUUUACAGGGAAGAGCUCAACCUCACCUCCCCGGCAGCACCGCUGCCGCUCCGGCCGGAGGCCAGUUGGCUCCAGUUCCACCUGGGCAUCAGCCGGGAUGGGCUCUACCCGCGCUCCAGUCCCACCGUCAACAGACUCCUCCGGGACAUGCAAGACUUCACCACUAUCAGUGCCGACUACAGCCAGGACGAGAAAGCGCUGCUGGGAGCCUGCGACUGCAGCCAGAUCGUGAAGCCCAGCGGCGUGCACCUGAAGCUGGUCCUCAGGUUCCAGGAUUUCGGGAAAGCCAUGUUCAAGCCCAUGAGGCAGAAACGCGAGGAAGAGACUCCCGAGGACUUUUUCUACUUUGUCGACUUCCAGCGGCACAACGCGGAGAUCGCCGCCUUCCACCUGGACAGGAUCCUGGAUUUCCGGAGGGUGCCACCCACAGUUGGGAGGUUGAUCAAUGUCACCAAAGAGAUCCUGGAAGUCACCAAGAACGAGAUCCUGCAGAGCGUCUUUUUUGUCUCGCCAGCCAGCAACGUGUGCUUCUUUGCCAAGUGCCCGUACAUGUGCAAGACCGAGUACGCAGUGUGCGGGAACCCUCACCUCCUGGAAGGGUCCCUCUCCGCCUUCCUGCCGUCCCUCAACCUGGCACCACGACUCUCCAUCCCAAACCCAUGGAUCCGCUCCUACUCGUUUGAUGGAAAAGAGGAGUGGGAAGUGAAUCCGCUCUACUGCAACACAGUGAGGGAGAUCUACCCCUACAGCAACGGCAACCGGCUGCUUAACAUCGUUGACAUGGCCAUAUUUGACUUCCUAAUAGGGAACAUGGACCGUCACCACUAUGAAAUGUUCACCAAGUUUGGGGACGACGGCUUCCUCUUACACCUGGACAACGCCAGAGGGUUCGGGCGUCAUUCCCAUGACGAAACCUCCAUCCUGGCCCCGCUCUCCCAGUGUUGCAUAAUAAAGAGGACAACGUUAUUACGACUCCAGCUCUUGGCUGAGCCCGAAUAUCGGCUCAGCGACGUGAUGAGGGAAUCCCUCCUGCAGGACCGCCUGGCACCUGUCCUCACCGAACCCCAUCUCUUGGCUUUAGACAGACGGUUACAGCUUAUCCUGAAAGCUGUGAGAAAAUGCAUAGACACUUACGGAGAAGCCAAGGUGGUGGCCAACGACACCACGCAGCCCGAGGCUCCUGCAUCUGACAGAGUGAAGCUGAGCACUUAAAACAGUCCUUAACUUAUGCUCAGAGGUAGGGAAAACCCCUGCAAGGCAAGCAGCAAGGUUUAAUAGCUGGUAAUUCCCAUCUACAAACACUUGUGGAGACUGAGAGGGGAAACUCUUCAGAAGAUCUUCAAGAAUCACACUGGGCUUCCAUGCUGGGUCCUCAACCAAAGCUUCUGGGCUUGGCCAGUGUGUUGGUAAGUUGUGGUCUGACCACAGCAGACCCUUGCACCCCGAACAGCAGCUCUCUGGCGGAAAAGCAGUGAUCUCCUGUUCUGUAGUUGGUCACGCCUUUGGGAGAGCGGGGGAACACAUGGCCAUUGGUUUGCUCAACCUGCACAGGAUCUCGGUCUUGCUAGUGAAAGACACAAACUAGAUCCAAGGAUGAGGCUUGAAUAAAGAGAUGCCAAGAGCAUUUUCCUCUUAUUAAGGCUCUGUUCUGUAAUCAAGACUGUGUAUUUGAGAAAAAGAGCAGUCUUACUUCACAAGGGCAGUACCUGCCACUGAGACAAGGUAACAUGUUGAUUCAGCGUGGUCAGACUGAAGAGCGUCUGUACAGUACUCACCAGCAAGCCUGCCCGUUGCCUCCUGGUCUCUUAAUGGUGAUCAACCCACACCACUCUGAUCUGUGCAUGUCAUUCAAAAGCCCACUGCUUCACAGGGCAGUAAAACAAGUUCUGCUUUUUUUACCUGCCUCAUAGGUGGAAAAGCCAGUUUGGGUUAUGGGAAAAAGGCAGAUAUGUGUUGCCUUUGACCCCAAGGGGGGUGGAGGGGAACGAAAACAAAACAAAGAACAAAAAAAAAAAAAACCAAAAAGCAAAAACCCAAACUACUCAGAGGCAUACAACUAUUUAAAAUUCAAGAAGGACCCACUUCUGGUGAAAACAUUUUGCCAAAGUGGAGGGGAUUUAUCUCAGGUCAUCUUCUCAUAGCUUUAAAAUCACUUAAGUUGUCAGAAUUCCCUGGGAAAUAGAAAUGGUAUCCUGCCCCCCCAUCUCUGUGCAUUUUGAGGAGAUGCAAUAGGAACUAAAGACCAAAAAAGCGCAGGCAGAGACUUAUCGUAGAUCUUUCAAUUUGCAGUUUUCCCCUUGCCUCCCAACGACAAGGCUUAAGAAUAACUUGAUUACUGAAGCUCCCUUUAAUAGCUUUUUCCUUUAACUGUUCAAGAACAAUUGCACUGAGCCUUUUGGCAGCCUAGGGAAAGUAGUUGAGAACUUUGUUGAUAAUUUAUCAUCCUUAAAGAAAACAAAACAAAAACCCCCAAAACCACCACAACCAAUCUACUAGAAGCUCAUUCUAAACUAACCUUUAAGUUAAACAAAAAACAUCUACAGCACUGCAGACUUUUCAGAGGAGAAUGCUAAAACCAUAGCCCAAACGUAGUCAGGUAGCAGUUGUUAGGUUCUCAGCAAGCUGCUGCACCUACCACUGGCUCACUUUCUCAUGGGCUGGAAUUUUGCCCAACCUAAAGGGAACUCGGUGACGCUGGCAGCAAGCGCCUGGAUCAUGCAAGGAAGGAACAAAGCUUGUUCAGCCACAGCUAUCGUUUUUCACAGGGGACUGUGCUGACAUUUAAUUCAACUCCACAGCAAUUCUACAAUUGACUACCUGUCUCCACACGGUAAAACUACAGGAGAGACUGUAGUUGUAAUUUGAGUAUGUCCCUACAGGUGCCUAUCCUGUUCUUUUGUACGUUUGAGGAAGUUUGGAGUGUUUCUACUCAAAGAUUCCUCCAAUAUUCUGAAGCCACAAAGGUUAGCAAAAAAACCCCACAACAACCCAACCACCCAAAAUUACAACCCCACACCACGCUCUUUCAGUCUCUCUCGACUUGUGAUUCAGCCAUCUCCUUCCAUUUCCAGGUUUCACAAAAGCAAGGUUUUAGACAGUCUCAAUCAAACAAACAGAAUUUUCAACGCUGGUGGGCUUACAGACCUUUUUACUCUUGUGGACAGAGAAUGGAUGAAAAUAAAGGGUUUUAACUCA